CUCAUUCAUACAAACAAACCUUAAAGAAAAAAAAAACUGCCACUGCCACCACCAAAAAAGUGUCGGCUACAAAUUUAACUGUUUUUUCUUUUCCAACCAUUUUCCUCGUGCUCCGAAAUCGCCGGAGCUGACAUUUACGACGGUGUGUCCUCUAAUUUUGUCUUCACUCACAAUGAAGCACCACCGUGUCUCCGCCCUGUUUCUUUUAAGCCUCGGCUUUAUACUUGCGCAGGGACAGCUUCAGCACCGUGUCGUCCUCGACCCACAUUGGUACCCAGGAACUGCCACUUGGUACGGCGAGCCUGAGGGAGACGGUAGCACAGGAGGGGCGUGUGGUUAUGGAACGUUGGUGGACGUGAAGCCGUUGAAGGCAAGAGUAGGAGCGGUGGGACCCAGGCUGUAUAGGAGUGGAGAAGGGUGCGGUGAGUGUUAUAAGGUGAAAUGUUUGGACCAGAGCAUAUGUUCGAAGCGGGCAGUGACGGUUAUAAUAACGGAUGAGUGCCCGGGCUGCCCGUCUGACCGAACACAUUUCGACCUUAGUGGUGCUGCUUUUGGUCGCAUGGCUUUUUCCGGCGAGAAUGGUCAACUCAGGAAUAGAGGUGAAAUCCCAGUUAUUUACCGAAGAACAUCAUGCAUAUAUGGUGGCAAAAAUAUUGCCUUCCAAGUUAAUGAAGGUUCCACACCUUAUUGGUUGUCACUUCUGGUGGAGUUUGAGGAUGGAGAUGGUGACAUAGGCUCCAUGCAUAUACAAGAAGCUGGGUCUAGUGAGUGGUUGCAAAUGAAUCAUCUAUGGGGAGCAAAUUGGUGCAUUGUUGCGGGGCCUUUGAAAGGACCUUUCUCUGUGAAACUAAGCACAUCCACAGGGAGAAGCCUAACUGCCAAAGAUGUUAUUCCAAGUAAUUGGUCUCCAAAAGCCACUUAUGCUUCUCGCUUAAAUUUCUCUCCUUAACUAAGCUCAUUACCAAAGGGAGUUCUUGAAGUUAUUAAAGUUCCACAAGGAAAAAAUUAGAGGGGCUUCCAACCUUUAUUUUUAUUUUUCUAUAUAUAUAUAUGUCUACAGCCUUACCCUUAUUUUUCUUUUCUUUUCUUUCUCUUUUUAUAUUGUUAAAAGAAAGGUAAGAAAAGUAUCCUUUGAGUGCACAAGGCUAUGUAAUGUAUAGAUUUUGGUGUGUAAGUGUUUGUAUCAAGAAAUCGUGUAGCCCCUUCCAAAGAGGAGAGAGAGCUUGUAGUGUAGUAUGAAUAUAUUAUAAAUAUGAUAUAGUAUUGUUGAAUUGCUAGCACCAAGUUCAUUUGGCUUUAAA